CCAUCCCCCACCCCCUUGAUCUUCCACUGCUAAACUUUGCGGAUUUUAUGGAGGUUCCGCUAAUGAAACCCGCCUAUACUGCAAACCAUAUCCCUUUACUGUUAUCUCGGGUGAAAACGGCAAACAAUCACCUUAUGGCAGAGAAUGAAUUGCGGAAAUGAUCGCUGGCAUUUUUUUUUCGCACAUGAAGGUGUGGAGUGUGGAGCGACAGGAUGUAGUAAUAAUUUGUAGAUAAGCGUACAUUUGUAAAUAUACAUGCUUUUGUUGAAAAUGAUAUUAUAUCUAAACAGUAGAGAUAAUAUGCUGACACAAUAUCUGUUAUCGGUAUUGUUUGUUGACGGGUAGGUGUUACGAACAAAUAUCAAUCGUAUUACGGACAUGUGAACCGAACAACAUAUAUUGAUUUUGAAAUAUCUAAAGUCAUUGCAUUGCGAAUAUUUGCAGGAUUUUGAGAUAUAAUGGCUUACAAAUGCACAGUUUGACUUUUUGAUAUGGCCAACUCCGCUGUAGAAAUGACGGGCAUAGAUGUGGAAUUGGCGGCUGGAAAUGGCGAAAUGAAACGUAACGGACAUGACGACAACAAUGCACUCUGGGACAUAUUUCGGAAAGACCGACUUCCUGCGGAUUCCAAAUGCUGUGAGGGGUUCGCAGACACGUUCUUCAGGGUGUUCAAGUUCCUGUUCUACGUUUUCCUGUUUCUGGUGCUGAUAGGGGGCGUUAUUGUUACUAGAGGCGGACUACAAAUUCUGGCGUCGCUGCUCGGAGAUCAUGAUAGAAAAUUUGCAAAUAGGACAGUGGCGCAGGAUUUCAUUUCAUACUUGUUCUUCUUCGUGAUUGCAGUGCCCGAUACUCUAAAGUUUCUGCAGAGUAUCGGCCAGUUCUUAUUUGGAAAUCGGAGGAGUCCCUCAUGUUUGCGUUUUAUAAUGGUCAACAUACGAGAGGGACUUCAUCUUUUCGGACUUGGAUGCAUGCUGUUCAAAGUGAUGCCUCACCUUGAUCCGCUCCAGACAUGUGUAGUGACAUUGGGGGUCCCUCUGCUUCCAUCCCUUGUCAAUUUCAUAGCUUACUUCCGUCGAAAAGCAUGCCAGUUUCGAAAAGGAAUAAAAAAGUUUCUUAAUAUUGUAUGCCUCACUUUUCUAUUGGCCGCUCUAAUUAUUGUACCUUACACCAUUGUUCAGUCAAACACUCCCAAGACUGGAAAGAGGAUGCCGGGUGAUGGAGAGCUCAUUGCCUGGAUUUUAAUAUCCGUCUUCACUUUGUCUGCAAGAUGGAUAGAGACCUAUUCCUUUCUGUGUAGGAGGUUCAUAGAAGAUAAAAAAGACAAGAGAAUAAAGGACAAAGGAUACGUCAUUUCACAGAUGGCUUCCAGUUUCUUUAGAAUAAUUCUCUUAAUUGCUUUGUUUCCUACAUUGUUUUGUCCCAAUAUUCGAGGAAUCAAGGAUACCUAUGAUAAAUUCUUAUCACAAACCAACGGAAUGUGUCUCCAAUCUCUGAACAAUUCUACAAUUUUAAAUAGCUCAACAACAAAUAGUACUGUUGUAUGCUCUGAUGACGAAGUGUCAUAUUGGCUUGUGAUUGGUCCAUAUUUGGCACACACCAUAGGUGCUUAUCUGACUACCCAUUUUGGUGUUUUAGCCUGUAGACUAAGAAUGCAAAUAAUGGGCUUUGCAAUACCACUGACCCUUGCAACUCCCUUAUAUGUCAUCAUAUUGAUCGUGUUUCACGAAACAGGUGUUAGCUUCGCCAGUGACCUUCUAGUACUCAAGACAGAUGAAAUGUGGUUACUAUUCGUGGUGUUUUUCGUUGGAUGGGUGGGGCAAUCCUGGCUCUGCCGUCAUGUGUGGUUCAGGCAUCGAGAAGACCGAAUGGAGUUCGCCAGCAAGUUGUUUGUGUUGCCCCACUUCUGUAGUGCGUUAGUGGAUCUGUCUCUGUUGCACAGCCGGAAGAAGAGAAACACCUCAGAGACAGAGGGAAAGGUAGAGAAAUCUAACGUGCAUUCCAAAGUCUACAUCUGUGCUACCAUGUGGCAUGAAAACAGGAUCGAGAUGAAGCAGAUUCUGAUAUCAAUAUUCAGACUUGAUCACCACCAAUUCCAAUACGAAUACAGCAAAACGGAGCUCAAGAACGACGACCAGGAUUACUACACAUUUGAAGCUCACAUUCCUUUUGAUGAUGCUAUGGAAACGAAUAAGUCAACAAAUGAAAGAGGUCCAAAUGAUUUUGUGAGACAGUUAAUGGAAAUUGUGGAUGAAGCAGCGAGUGCUUUUUAUGAGAGGAAAGUUGUGCUGGAUCCGCCUAAGAAAUAUCUCACACCUUACGGUGGCCGCCUGGAAUGGAAACUUCCGGGAGAUAAUAAACUGAUAGUUCACCUGAAAGACAAGGAAAAAAUACGUCACAAGAAGCGAUGGUCACAGAUAAUGUACAUGUAUUACUUUGUUGGAUAUGAACUGCUAAUGAAAGAGAAAAAUCCAACGACCAUAGCAAAUCCGAACUUUGAUGACGUGCCUUCAAUAUUUCAGUUAUUGAGUGAGAGUGUAAAACAAACGGCUAAUAAUACCUACAUCCUGGCACUUGAUGGUGACGUGGACUUCCAACCGGAAGCUCUUCAGCUCUUGAUAGAUCGCAUGAAGAUCAACCCAAAAGUUGGCGCAACGUGUGGUCGCAUCAAACCAGGGGGAUCAGGCCCAGUGGUGUGGUAUCAGAGGUUUGAGUAUGCCAUCGGCCACUGGCUCCAGAAGUCUGCCGAACACAUGUUUGGGUGUGUUUUAUGUAGUCCGGGAUGUUUCAGUUUGUUCCGGGUGAAAGCCCUAAUGGACGACAAUGUAAUGAGAACAUACGCUACACUUCCGACAGAGGCGCGUCACUUCCUGCAGUAUGACCAAGGGGAAGAUCGAUGGCUUUGCACCCUCAUGCUACAACAAGGAUAUAAAAUUGAAUACUGUGCUGCAGCAGAAGCCAUAACCUUUGCUCCGGAGGAAUUUAAAGAAUUUUUCAACCAAAGAAGAAGAUGGAUGCCAUCUACGAUGGCAAACAUCAUGGACUUGUUACAGAGUUAUGCCCGGACGACCAAAGUGAACCCAAACAUUUCGUACUUUUACAUUUUUUACCAAAUAAUCCUGUUUGUUUCCUCCGUUCUUGGUCCGUCAACAGUCUUGCUUGCGUUGGAAUCUGCAGUAGCUUCAGUAUUCGGUGUAACUGCUUGGCUAGCCUAUCUUUUAACAUACGGCCCGACAAUAAUUUUCAUUUUCAUUUGUUUGAAAUGUAAAACAAAUACACAGCUAAACUGCGCCAUGGUUCUGAGCGCCGUUUACUCCCUUCUGAUGAUGGCGGUGUUUGUGGGUACACUGGUGUCGAUUGCCAGCGAGGGUUGGUACACCCCUACAGGAAUAUUCUUCUACAUUCUCGUUGGCUCGUUCUUAAUCGCAGGCCUGCUUCAUCCACACGAGCUCGGCGAUCUUAUCUGGGGUGUUCUUUACUUCAUCUGCAUUCCAGCUGGAUAUUUAUUUCUGAUAAUCUAUGCUAUUUGCAACUUGAACAAUGUUUCUUGGGGUACAAGAGAAAAUAAAACCGCGGUCUUAGAAAAUGCUGGUCAAGACCGAAAGAAGAAUAAGAAGAAAGAGACGGAAGAUGAAAUCGAUUUUGUUACCACAGAAAUGAUUAGUGGUAUGAUAAAACAAGUGAAGGAUACGAACGUGUCUGGGGGUUCAUGCUCUGAGGCUUUUUUCUCCAUGUUUCGUUGGAUGAACAAUCUUAUAAUUCUAAAAUCUUUGGAGUCCGUUCAAAACAUAUUCGAGAAGAGCAAGGAUGAAACAGAUCCAGCUCCUGAUCAGGUUGUCGGGAAGAAGUCACUGCUGAAAAGCAGACGUCACAGAAUGCCAAAGGUAGAUCCAAAUAAAUUAGAUGAGGCUUCGUGGACGAUGGAAAAUGUUCUGCAAUCUACGCCUUCCACGUUAGACCAGACUGAGGAAACAUUCUGGAAAGGUUUAAUACAUCAGUACCUGUAUCCCCUAGAAGCAGACAAGAAAAAAGAAGAGAAAGACAAAGAAAUGCUUGCCGAAUUAAGAAACAAAGUAGCCUUUGGAUUUUUCUUCCUCAAUGCGCUUUGGCUUGCGAUCAUGACAGCAAUGAAUGAAGCGAAAUACAUCAUCAAUAUCACAAUAACUCAGACUUCCGGUCCCCCAGUCAUCAUCGAGCCGCUUGGUUUUGUUUUCCUAAUUGUGUUUACUAUACUUUUGUUAUUGCAGUUCUUCGGAAUGUUAAUGCAUAGAUACGAAACAUUUCUUCACAUUUUAUCGAUAACCGAACUAUUCAAACGUAAAACAUAUGACAUAAAGGACACGAUUAGGGAAUUGACAAGGUCUCCCGAGACAGAUGACACAACGAGCGGUAAUGAAAGUGCAGAGGAGGAUGAAGACGAUCCCAUAUACUGCAAUGAAGACAUGAUUAGGGAGGCUGCUAAUAAAAUCAAACAUGACAUGGAUAGAAGCCAUGCUGGAAACAAAUACGCCAAACGAAAGAGUCAGGGACUGAAUUUACGAAGAACUGUUCGCAAAAACAUUCACACACUGCAGAAAAAUGGUGGGGGUUACAAAAAUUGGGGUCACACCAUACAAGAAUAGAUAAGACAGACAUACGAGAUCUUGUACGGGAAAGAUUCAUUGAUACCUCAUUCAUCUUCCAUUUUAUUUUUUAUGCUUACAUAUAUACACACACUGAACUAUAUUUCAAGAUUGGGCUCCAUUCCCUACAUGUCUUGUAAGAUAAGGCUAAUUCCUUACAAGACUGGGCUCCAUUCCUUUCAUGUUUGGGCUGGUUCCUUGCUAGACGGGGCGAAUUCCUGAACAUGUAUAGACAAUAAAAAGAUUCAAAGACGUUCUGGUUUCCAAAAAUGGUUUGAUGUAUUCAGAGAGCACUUUAAAGAAUUUAGAUUUUCUCCGAUUUCUGUCGAAAGUUUUCUACACACUGGUACAACAUUUCAUAGACUUAGCAAUGUGUUUUUAAGAAAUGAUUUCUAAGAAAUAUGUGUUCAUUUGUCUCAGUGUAUUCUUCAAAAUUUAAAAUCAUCAAAAAGGAUACUCAUGCAUUCUGACCUACACUAUUCGUAGUGAAUUUCAAUGAUUGUAACGUGCUGGGUACGAUAACUACAUGUAGAUGAAAAGCAAGAUGCCACUACUGGUGCAUUUAAAGUGUAUAUCCCUGCAACUUAAAAUAAACGAUUCAGUAAAGAUGAAUGCUAAUUCACUUACAGCAUGAGAUUAUCUUGGAUGCUUCAGAAGAUUUCUUUUUCAAACUAUUCAACAUUGUCUUACUAGGUAUGCUUUUUCUCUCUGGGCACCUGAUCCCACCUUUGGCGUUUCCAGGGGUCUGUGUUUACCCUACUCCUUUCUAGGAUUGGUGAAAUGCGUUAUUUUUACUUUCCCUAUAUAAAGUUCACAAUAAAAAUAAUUGCACACAUUUACAUUAGAAAUCCAAAAUCAGUCCAUAGGGAUUCCGCACGUCAGCAAGUAGGUCACAUCACUUUGGAUUUUGAAAUUGAUUUUAAGAUUUCAUAUACCAGGUUUAUCACAGUUCGUUAUCGUAAUGAUUUUUCAUCAUGAUUGUUAUGAAUAUUUUUACUUCACAAUUGUUUUAUAUAAUUUUUGUAUGCAAUUUAAUUUCUAUACAUUCUUGAGUAUCGUUCUUUCUUUCAUAUUGCAAUUUUUGAAAUAUAUAUAUUUUUGUCAUUUAUUUUUAAGUUGGAAUUCUUGUUCUACAGAUAACCAACUUACUUACAUGCAUGUAUAUGUCAUAUUCUCUAUAAUACAAACUUAUCAAACUUGU